AUGGAUCAAAUGGAACAAGCGCUGCAACAACUCUUCUCCAGAAAUGAAACCCUCUUAACUGAAUGUGAAAAUCUGAAGCUUUCCAAUCAAAGGCUACAGGAAGAAAACAAGGAACUUCAUGAGCGUCUGCAGUCUCCCUGCUUAUCAUGUACUCAAAACCGGUCUGUCGGGUACGAGACCCUAAAUGGAUCAACAGAGUCCCUCCUUCAGCAGAAAGGAAGGGUCACGUACCCAGCAGCGGCUUUGAGCGACCAGAAAGCAGUGAUACUGUUGAAACUCAUAGUGAUUUUCCUUCUUUACCAGACCUGCUCGAUGAACUGGAAGCCGAUGUCGAUUUCAACUCGCUGGAACAACUUACUCAGAGCCUCUUACAGGAUAUCGCCAGAGACUUGGAGGCUACUGCUCAAAAAACAGAAAGAGAAAUAUCAACAAUCAAUGGAAUUGGAUCGACAGAAAUGCCGGAACAAACGACAACAGAAUUGGAAACCUGUAGAUCUGAUAGAGACUUAAAGUUUGAUUUAUCAGAAUAUCUACUACUCUACCACAACUAUGCUGCACCACCGAAAACAAAACAAUCAAAAACACCCACAAGAAUUAGAAAACUAAAAUCAAUCAAACCUAGGAAUAUUGUAAUAAUACCCGCAGAAACAGAAACAGUACUACCACCACCACAACCAAAUGAAACUGAAAUUAUUAAAUUGGGAACUUUAGAAGAAGUUUCAAAUGUAAUAGCACCUGUAGAAAUAGAAACAGUAUUACCAACACCACCAAAUGAAACUGAAAUUGUUAAAUUGGGAACCCUAGAAGAAGUUUCAAAUAUAACAAUCAUUGUCGAUAGUGAUGGAAGACCUAUUACAACAGAAUCUUUACUGACAGAAGGUUCUUUGAAUAUUCAAUCUCCCACAUCUUUCAGUAACGAUUCUGAUGCAGGUUACGAAUCGAUCGAUUCUCCUCCCACUGUAUAUAAUGAAGAUCUUUGGGAUCAAAGUAUUUCUGAACUAUUUCCUACUUUGUUUACUGUUUAA